AGGGGGAGAGAGAGAGAGAGAGUUCAUCAAUGAUCAAACGGUCACAAGAGCGAGAGGGGGAUUUGUGAUUUCUCUCUCUUCUCUGUGAAUAUAUGUGAGGCUUAGGCCCAUUUCUCUGGCUUUCCUUCCCAUUUCGCGUGCAUUUCCCGAACCCUCAAAACCAGACAUCGACGAACAACCAAAAAACCCACUUCUUCAAACCCUUCUUCCCUCCCUCCCAUUUAUCAAGAAAAAAAAAGUGAUUAAUCGAGUGUGAAGCACACACAAACCCGAUUGAUUAUUGCCAUUGUUUCCGAUAAUUAUAUGUAUAUUUAUUGUAUUUACUUUGAAUGCUCUAACUGAGAUCUUGUCCUUUCCUACAAUGUUCUUCACUUUGUAGCGGACAAGGGUUCUUGAAUCGGAUCAGAAUUUCCGACUGAGUUAGGGUUUUGAUCAGCAAUUCCGAACUUGGCCGUUUAAUUCGGAUUAUUCGGUGGUGCUUAGUGGUUAUUUACCGGCCACAGUUUCAUUGAUGGAUCGCCCCAUUAAUGGGAGUGUUAUAUGAUCUUCCUGGGCUUCAAGCUGAAAAUUGGAGGUGAAUUUGGCUCUUCUGAAUGCUAAUAAAUGAAUAAUACUAGUAUUCUAUUUUGCUUGUUCUGAAAGGGCAUGGAAGAGGACUGUAGAUACAAGUAGAACUGUGUAGUGGGAGUGAAGAGAAAAGUUAAAGAAAAAAAAAUUGAGAACACUUUGAAGUGUUUCUACGGAAAACAUCAAAAUCAGAUUGGGAUAUUUUCUUCUGAAAAAACCUGUUAGAUUGACUUAGUUUUAGUGGGAGCUUUUGCUAUAUAGAGUGAUUAUAGUGCUUUAUCUAGUGCUAUUGGUGAUUACCAUUGGUUUUGUUUUUCCAUUGAGUUUUGAAUAAUACUGUUGGAACUUCUGGUGCAUCUGGAGUAGAAGGCUUUGGAGGAGUGAUUCAAUGGGGAGCUGAAAUGGAGGCCUACUAAGCUGGAAAGGAAUGUGGGGUCAUGGUGCAUGGACAAGAAUAUAGUGGCUCGUUUGUUCCCUUACUGGAACAUUGUUUUGAGAAAGUGAUUGGAGGAUACUGGUUUUCCAACAGCACUCUUUUUGCCUGUUGUAUAAUUGUGUGCAAUGUCUCGCUGCUUUCCAUUUCCACCACCGGGAUAUGAAAACAAGGCUAGAUCAGAAGAUGCAGACUUGCUAAAAGAGGAAAAACGCAAAGAAAAAAAACAUAAAAAGGAGAAGAAAGACAAAGAGAAGGGAGAAGGUAAAGAGAAAAGGGAGAAAGAUAGAAGUGAUGGGAAACAUAGAGAAAAGAAAGACAAAAAAGAUAAACACAAGGAGAAGGACAAGGACAAGAAGGAAAAGAAUAGGGACAAGAAAAGGGACAAAGAUAAAAGCAAAGAUAAAGAUAAGAAAAGCAUUUCCGAGGAAGCGAAAGCUGCUGGGCAACCUGGUACUUCUAGUACAGAAACUGAUAAGAAAAAUGAACAUUUUAAGAACAUCAAUUCUGAGGAAAAGAAAAACAAUGUUCAGUUACAAGUCCAGCAUGGACAGAAGGCAAUUCAUGGUAGUGGUCCUGAUGGAGAGACAGAGGAAUCAAAAUUUGUGCAGGAGUUGGGUAGGAGGAUCAGAGAUGAAGAGAAUGGAAAAGGGAUCCAGUUGGCAGGAAGAUUCUCUGCCGAGUGGAAGAGGGAUGAAAGGAUGGACAGGGUUGGGGUCAAGGUUGGUAGUAGUUUGGCUGAAGACAAGGGAACUAACAUGGAGAGGAGUAUUGAUAACAAGAAGAUGGAUGUGCAGGCUACCAGGAAUAUUGAUAACAAGAAGAUGGAUGUGCAGGCUACCAGGAAUGAAUCUAGAUUUAGUGGUAAUGCAAUUGCCCCUAGCAUCAUUGGGGCCAGCAAAAACAAAAUUGAAGGAAUGCCUAGGGUUGGGGUCAAGGAUUCUGGGAAUUUUACCGAAAAUAAGGAGACACAUGUUGAGAAGAGCCUUGAUAAUAGGAAGAUGGAUGUACAUGCAAUCAGGAAUGAAUCAAAAUUUAGUGGAAAUUUGGCUGUCCCUAACAUCACAGGGUUCAGCAAAAGUAAAGUUGAAGGAAUGGGCAGACCACUGGAAGAGAAUAAUGAAAGGAAAGAAGAAAAAGAGAAAACUAAAGAAAGAGGUGAUGGAAAACUGGGAAAUAAGAACAAGGAUAAAAAUGGAGAUAAGAAAAGGCACAAGAAGGAUAAAGGCCAGGAAAAGGAGAAGAAAAAGGAGAAAUCAAAGGAGAAAUCAAAGGAGAAAAGUGAACACAAGGGAAUUGAGAAAGAUAGAUUACAGGACAUCAACAAAAAUGAAUUCUCUGCAGUUAGCAGUAAUAAAGCUCCAGCACUUUCAAGGGACACCAAUGCUGGUACUGCUUUUGAUGUAAAUCUCAAAAAGAGAAAACUUGUGACAAAUGGUUCUCUUUCUGAGAAUGAAACUAGGCCUGUUAAAAUGCCUAGGCCUGCUUCUCAUGAGCCAAUACAGAAUGGAAAUAAAGUUGAAACUCUCCAAGUACCCCUCCUUACAUCAAAUAGGCAAGAAGGUGCUUCUGAGCUUAAGGUGGUUAAUAAGGAGCACAGGAUUAAUGGAGCAAUACAUGGUCUGCCAUUGUCUGUUCCUAGACCAAAGCCUUUGCUGUCAACUACUGGUUCUGGUCAAAUUCCUGAAACAUCUAAGAAGCCUACUCAGGCUGAUCAAAUCACCGAAGCAUUUAGAAAAACCCCUCAUACUGAUCAAAUUGCCGAGGUGUCUAGGAAACCCCGUGCUAAUCCAAUUGCUGAAGCAUCGAAGAAACCUCCUCAUACUGAUCUAAUUAUUGAAGCAGCUAAGAAAGCCCCCCAUCCAGAUUCCAAGUAUUUGAGCCAGAUACUCACCGUUCCCAAAAUGGAAGAGUGGAUUGAAAGUGACGACAAUGAAUGGUUGUUUGGAAGCAAAAAUCCUUCGGAUAGGAAGCCAGGGGUGGGUUCCAAUGGGGUCAAUGAGGAACUACAGGUAUGGUCUGAAGCUCGGUAUAUAGAAUCUACAGAUGUUUAUGCUCUGCCAUAUGUUAUUCCUUAUUGAAUGUUGGGAGUUGGGUGCAAUCUUAUUGGGGAGGUCAUCAAAUGGUGGUGGCUUGUCAGUCAUCCAGAAGAAUAUCAGGCUUGGACAUGAAUAUGCUGGGCUCUCUUGGUUGCAUUAUUUUGCUUCUGUUGCAGUUAUGUGGUCAGCUGCACUUGUGUGUCCAAUGUCUGAGAAUUUAUGCCCUAAAUUGAACAGCAAAGUGGAAUUUUUCCCGAGGUCCCGGUUGGCGCCAUUAGAGUGUUCACUGAUAUCCACAAGCUUAUGCAAAUUUAUUCCAUUAGUUGAAGGCUGAGGGGGUUUCUUUCUAAUUGAGUGUGAGAGAAAGUUGAGCUGUGGUCUUUACACCUCCACUAAAAAUUUUGAUUUGUAACAUAGAACUUUAUAGAUGUAAAAUAGAGGGAAAAGAAAGAAGUAGUUUCAAUUGAUUUAAUUUAGUUUUCAAGUUUUUAUUUUUAAUUUAAUGAAAGCAGUAGUCUGAAGUUUUCAAGUUCUAAAA